AAAACGUUCCUUCCCAUCCCCUCCAACCUCCAUAUAUAAAUAUUAAUACAUCUUAAAAACUUCAUACCAAAACCUGUAAUUGAAGAACGGAAGAUUUCUUUUCUCAGUUUCUGUUUGAAGCUUUUGGCCGGAGAUGGAGCAGAUGAAGAACACCAAUACCAACAAUAGCAACGGCAACAGUUACAACUACAGCUACGGCGGAGAAUGGGAGAAAGAGAGAAAUAAUCAUCUGGGCAUUCCAAUUCACAGCCAAGUGAGAAAAAUCAAGCAAGAGUAUGAGAAGAUUAAGGAUUCAUCACCUCCCCAGCUCGAGAUAAGGCCUGUCCUUCGAGAGAUCACAAGGCAGCUCUCGCGCUCUCCUUUGGGACGAGUGCGUCAACCAAUCUCUGUUGGAGACUCGUAGAAUUCCUUCUAGAAUACAAAGAGGAGUAGGAUAUAGGACUCUGUUUUUCUUCUUUCUUCUUCUUCUUCUUCUCUGUUUCUGGCGUCCUCUUUGACUUCAGAUGUAAAUAUUUUUGUUAAAUAUUUCAGUAGAUUUUCCAUGACUUGUGUAACCUUGUAGGGGGAUGACACCAACUUGUUUUGUGUACAAGAUACAUGUUUUCCCAGUUUUAAUGGGUAGAGGCAGUAAAGUAUCUUCUUCAUCCCU